AACACCAAAACCUCACCCUUUGCAAAGCUUAUCCGCACACACACACUCUUCAACACUCGCUUCCAUCUCUCUCCCAUGGCUAACAACGACGACGACGACUCACAGCCGCAAAUUGACUCCCCAAGCGACGAAGAAGAAGAAGAAGAAGACCAAAAAUCCCCCAAUGCCAACUCGGACGAAGAACCCGGCUCGGACUCGGACUCGGACUCGGACUCAUCCUCCGAAUCCGAGAACGAAGGCGAACCCGAACGCGAAACGGACGGGUUCAACUACAUCCGCCCGAGCGACGUACCGCCGGACCCGAACACAACCCCGGAGACCAACAUCCGGCGGUUCAACCGCGUGCUGGAGGGGAAGCGCGUGAAGCGGAUCCAGGAGGAGGAGGAGAGGAAGUACAAGUUCUACGAGGACCUCUUCGACUUCCCGAAGGACCCAGAGCGGUGGAAGGAGGAGGAUCUGAGGGAGGUGUGGGCGGACGCGCCGCCGGAGAUGACGAAGCCGGGGUGGGACCCGGUGUGGGCGGAGGAGGAGGAUUGGGAGGUGGUGAACGAGGAGAUUCAGGAAGGGAGGGAUCCUGGGAUUCAGCCUUUCUACGUUCCCUAUAGGAAGCCGUACCCGGCGAUUCCGGAUAAUCAUUAUGAUAUUGAUACUCCUAAGGCUGUUGUUGAGGAGCUUGAUAGGAUUGAGGAGUUUCUUCAGUGGGUUAGCUACAUCUUCCCUGACGGCAGCUCGUAUGAAGGCACAGUAUGGGAUGACUUGGCUCAAGGCAAAGGUGUUUACAUUGCUGAAAAUGGCCUUGUGAGGUACGAGGGUGAAUGGCUUCAGAAUGACAUGGAAGGUCAUGGGGUUGUCGAAGUUGAUAUUCCUGACAUUGAGCCCAUGCCAGGUUCCAAGCUUGAAGAGAAGAUGCGUGCUGAAGGAAGGAUUAUCAAGAGAGAUUAUAUGUCUCCAGAAGACAGGAAGUGGUUGGAAAUGGAUGUUGAGGACAGUGUUGCGCUAACUGAUGGGAAUUACGAAGUUCCUUACUAUGAAAACGAAGAGUGGAUCACUCAGUUUGGCGAAAAACCGGAGAAAGGUCGUUAUCGCUAUGCUGGUCAAUGGAAGCAUGGUAGAAUGCAUGGGUGUGGUGUUUACGAAGUUAACGAGCGCAUCCUAUAUGGUAGAUUCUACUUUGGAGAGCUAUUGGAGGAGGAGCAUGGCUGUACCGUAGAUAUUUGUGCGCUGCAUUCUGGUUUGGCGGAGGUUGCUGCAGCUAAGGCUCGAAUGUUUGUAAACAAACCGGACGGAAUGGUUAGAGAAGAAAGAGGCCCAUACGGUGAUCCUCAACAUGCUUACUUUUAUGAAGAAGAUGACGUGUGGAUGGCGCCAGGUUUCAUCAACCAGUUUUACGAAGUACCUGAGUAUUGGGAGACUUACGUAGAAGAGGUGGACCAAGAAAGGGAAAUGUGGUUGAACUCUUUUUACAAAGCUCCUUUGAGGUUACCAAUGCCUGCUGAGCUCGAACAUUGGUGGCAAAACGUGGAGGUAACACCAGAGUUUGUGUUACUGAACAAGGAACCCGAACCUGAUCCAGAAGAUCCUUCGAAACUUGUCCAAACGGAAGACCCUGUUAUUCUACACACACCAACAGGUCGGAUAAUCAACUAUGUAGAGGAUGAGAAGCACGGCGUUCGACUAUUCUGGCAGCCUCCUCUGGAGGAAGGGGAAGAUGUGGAUCCUUCGAAAGUCGAGUUUUUGCCACUCGGGUUCGACGAGUUCUACGGGAAAGAAGUGGCGGUGAAAAAGGAACACCCGGUGAAGAGAUUUGUGCUUGGAAUCGAGAAAGCGUUGAAGCCGAUGCUUGACGGAAUAGAGAAAUGGACGGAGGAGAAGAAGAAAGAAAACGAGGAGAGAAAGGAGAUGCUGGAGAAGGAGCUCGAGCUAGUCGAGGCUGAGAUUUGCUUAGAGGAAGCUAUAGAGGAUAUGGAUGAAGUGCUAAAGAUGAAAGAACAAGAAGAGGAAAAGAAAACUGAAAUGGGUUUGGCUGAAGAGGAGGAUGAAGAAGAUGUGGUGGCUGUCCCGGUUUAUAAAGAAGAGAAAGUUGUUGUCACUCCACAAGAGAAGAAGAAACAGGAAGAUGAUGAUUCAGAUGAUGACGAGGACGAUGAUUCAGAUGAUGAUGAUGAUGAUGGACCAUCGAGUUUUGGAUCUGUGGACAAACGUAGGAGCUCUCCUUUUUCAUCAUCCUCGUUGUCUUUUGCUUCGUGCAGCCUCUUCCCGGCGGUACAAUCAAGACUAGAGAGUUCAUUCCUUGCAUGGAAGCAACACCGAGCAGAAGCAUCAAAAGUGAUCCCAGGAAUCAACAAAGCUGUAGAUAGCAAUGCAUCAGCUUCAAUCCGUUUCCCCCCAUUGUCCAGUAACCAAGCCAGAUUGAAGAUGGGGAAGGUAUCGAACCCGGGUUGUGUCCAGAGAAGCUCAAGAUCUCAGUCUCAGUUAUCGUCUCUGUCACGUCUACUAUCUUCCAGUGCGUCAUGUUCUUCUCAUGAUAGAAGCUCCGGUGAAGAUCAAGGUUGGCUGUGGAAGACACCGGUUGAGGAAAUGGACGCGGUAUUGUCGCUUCAGGUUCAGACAAAGUGUUCCAAUAUGUUUGCAGAGACUCCGGCUUUGUCUUGAUUCUCUUCAUAUUUAAGCUUUAGAGUUGAGUUUCUUUUGGCGGUGGACAUUGUCUUUUUAAUUAUUUGUUGUUGUCUUGUCUGAUAAAAACAUUUGUCACAACUGUUUCUUUUAAAAUAAACUGAAGAUUUUUUUAA